AUGGGGCCCGCCGGGCGCCAGCUGGGAGCCCUGCUCUGGAAGAACUGGCUGUGCAGACUCAGGAACCCGGUCCUGUCCCUCGCUGAGUUCCUCUGGCCGUGCACCCUCUUCAUGAUCCUGAUGGUGCUGCGCUUCCAAGAGCCUCCCAGGCAGAGGGACAACUGUUAUUUGCAGCCCCGGGACCUGCCCAGCCGGGGCGUCUUCCCCUUCGUCCGAAGCCUUCUUUGCAACACCGGGGCGAAAUGCAGGAACCGCAGCUACGUGGGGGCCGCGGACCACCAUUUCCGUUCGCCUGGGUCCCGAACCACGGCCGGCCAUCGCGGGACCAUCAGCGACCUGGCCUUCCUACAAGACAUGCAGGACCUUGCCACUGAAGUCUGUGACGUGAUGGACAAGGCGACACACUUACAAAGACUUUGGGUGGAAAGAUCCAAGACUCCAGGUGCCCCUGAUGGUUCCAACUUUUUAACAAUAGAUCUCAAUAAGACGGAGGAGGUGAUAUCGAAGUUGGAAAGCCUUCACCAGCAGCCCCAGAUCUGGGAUUUUCUGCUUUCACUGCCCAGGCUGCUCGCAAACACUGUCCACGCUGAGGCCGGCCUCCGCGGCGGAGCGCCCCUUCUCCAGGCAGUUGUGAAGGUCUUAAAUUCCACCAAGGAACUUCUAAUGGAAAAGAAGUUGCAUAUCCUUGAAGAUGAGCAAAUGAACUUUCUCUUGUCGUUUUUGGAAUUUUUGGAGAAAUUGUUAUUACCUAAUCCUUUCGACUCACCCAGUGGUCCCACUGAGACUGUUCUAAACACAAGUCAUUUGUGGAUAAAUCACUUAAAGAGUUUAGAAAGAGAGCCCUCUGGUUUUGACACUCAGAAACUUUUGGAAUCUGGCAAAGAGAUUAUUGGAAAAAUACAAACUCCUGAAGAGAAGAAAUCAAGCUAUAUUUUGAGACUUAUAGAAACAAUACUUUUUGAAAUCAAUCCAAAACUACUGGAAUUGUGGAUGUAUGGCAUUCCAAAAGGGUACAGAGCUAAAUUGGAACCCUUGUCUGUACUUUUAAAUUUUUCUGGUCCAGGAAAUGAGAGCAUUCUUAGCAAAAGCUUUAACUUUUCCCAGUUUUUUCAUUUGGAUUGGCCUAAAUCAACAGCUGCGAAAAUGGAUUUUAUUCAUCUAAGUGAAACUAUACUAAACAGUCUCUAUGAGUUUGGAUUUCUGGGGCUGGAACAAGUCUCAGAAGCUCUGGGCACAGCGCAUGCUGUCAGGAACGUGUCCCAUCUUUUCUCAGCCCUUUCUGAACCUCAGAAACAAGAAGUGAGUGAGAUUUUGACUUAUUUAUAUCAAAAUAUCUUUAAGGAUGAAGAUUCAGCUUUUCUUCUUCAGAUUUAUUCUUCAUUUUACCAAUAUAUUUAUAAAUUCUUGGGCAUUGAGAGUAGAGAGUCUUUGCUGUCUUCCCUUACACAAACCUCAAAACACAUUUUAGAUAUCAUGGAACAAUUUAAUUUUCAAAACAUCAGUAGAGCGUUUGCAUUUCUAUAUGAGACAACAGAGUUUCUUGGGAGGAUUUCUGAAUUAUCUUACUGUCAACAAUUGCUUUCCGUUUUCAACUUCCUGGAGCUUCAAGCCCACUCUCUGAUGUCCACAGAGGGCCCGGCGUGGGGAGCGACCCAUGCGGCCUUGACAGGCCUCAAGCAGCUGCUCGUGGAGGACGAAGAUUUUCGUGUUUCUUUACUUCAGUAUGUGAACCAGCUCUUCCAGGGUUCAGCAGGAGCCCCGCUGGGUAGCGAAUGCUUUGCUUGGGAUAACCAAAGCACUCCUCCUGUGGACCACUCAGCAGAUGGGGGGUCUCCCUUGGCUCUGCUGUGGGCACAGUUUCUUUCAAACCUCUCAGCACAGGGCAGCGUGUUCAGCGAGUUGAGGGCUCUGCGCUGCCUCGUCUCAUGGCUGCAGGCGUGGGCUGAGGUCUGGGCAAGCAUGGCUCAGGUGUUGGAGUGGGACGUUAGCAUCUUCGCCCCCCUCCACGUUGGCCUCUCUCAGCUUUUGGAUGAACUGGAAAGUGACCUGAAAAUUUCCGAAAGUUGCCAGGGACUAUUUCCCAACCAUCGCCCUGCGAGACUCAUGUUACAUGUACUUAAAAACCUAACUCAAGGUGGUGGCUUCCGUGACUGGGACGGGUUUCUGACUCUCAGGCAUCUCUGGGCAGCACUCCGUGGUGCGUUAGUCAGAGUGAAGUUGCUUCCCCAGGACCAAGUCGAGCGAUCCCUCUUCACCGUGGAAACCUCCCUGCGUCAGCUGGAGGCGUUCCCGCUAAACACAAGUGCUGGCAGGGAGUUUUUAUAUUCCCUGCUUGGUGUCUUCAUGGAGUUAAGCAACACCUCAGAAUCUAGAGCUAGACAUGUACAUUCGAUAAAUCACUUUCUUUCAAAUAACCUCACGGAUUAUGAAGUACAGUCUGAAAAUAUCAUCACUGACCUAAGAGAAACAAUAUUAUUUCUUAGAAAUGUGUCACAUGACCAAGAUUUAUUGUCCUGUGCCGAUAUUUUCCAAAAUAUUACUGAGUUUAUUUUUGAACAUGGGUUAUAUGUAAAUACUUCACAGAGGAUGUUACAUAUCUUGGCCAUGUUAAAUUCCUCGUUUUUCUCUGAGGACACUGUUAGCAGACUGAAAGGAUGCAUCGACCUGGUGGGCAUCAUAGACCAUCUCUAUGGGGCAUCUAACCCCCGUUUUUCACAAGGACAUCUUCAGGGCAUUUUGAGGAGUUUCAGAGACAUGGAGGACAAAAUUAGCUCUACAUUGAUGCUCAUUACUUGGCUGAUGAAUACAGUGGAAUCUGGUUGUUCACUGAAUAUGUCAAAUAUAAAUUGUGUGAAUAUUUACUUAAAAAAUGUAACUGACUUUCUAAAUGUUAUUCUUACUGCAGUCUUUGAAAAAGAAAAGGUACAAAAAUUUGAGAUAUUAUUAACUCUUUUAAAUGAUUCCACAAACCAAUUAAGGAUGAUUAUCAACAACUUAACAAGAGACUUUGAGUUUGCAUCUCCACCCAACUGGAAACGUUUUACUGAGUUAAUCCUACAACCCAUAGAAAUGUCCGAUGAAAUUCCUAGCAAAUUUCAAAAUAUUUGGCUGCAUUUAAUAGCUCUGGGGAAAGAAAUUCAAGAACUUGUGAAAGAUAUUUUCCCUAACAUUCUGGAAAAUAACUUCUCUUCUAAAGCUGAAAUGUUUUUAAAUAUGUUUACUACCAGCCCAAAGGAAAAGGAUAUAAAUCGUCUACGUGAUUCCUUUUUUCAUUUAGCUAGUUACCUUGCCUUCAACUUAUCCCAGGAUCUCCAAAAUUCACCUAAAAUAAUUCCACAUGAAAUAUUGAAUGCUGUGGGUCUUGGUAUUCAAUUGAUUAGGGAUGUGUUCAACUCCCUGGUACCCUCUGUCCCUCACAAUAUCCCAGAAGAUCCAGGUAAUCAUCAAGUUUUAAAGAAGGUAAUUUCUCUUCUGCUUGCCCUGAAGAAAACAGACAUAGACCUCCUGGUAGAUGAACUCGAACAAAUUGGCGAAAGCCUAAUGGAUUUCUUAAAGAACAUCAGUAGGCCAGUUACUGACAAUGUGGGGGUCAGUUUGUUUGUUGGCUUGAUGGAAAAAUUGGCGGACAGCUCCCAUGCUUGGAAUGUCAAUCACCUGCUGAGGCUGUCCCGCCUGUUUCCUCGAGAGGAUGUGAAUGUUGUGGUGGGUCUGUACUAUGCCCUUCCUCACGCCGCAAGGCUCCUGCAGAGGGUUGUGGACCACAACAUCACAGAGGCCCUCCAGGAUGUCUAUGACUUCACCGUCCUUCAUGGCACAAGCAUUUCUGAUAUCACCAAGGAAGACUUUACUGCUGUGAUAAAAACUGUUUUGGACACCAUCGCAUUAGUAUCAGAUAAACCAAGCAUUCUUGCGGAGGCUUUAACUUGCCUUCCUGUGGUUUGGUGCUGGAAUCACACAACUUCUGGAUUUCAACAGAAUACAAAGUUAGAAGCCUGUAAUGGCCACUUCUAUAGCAAAGUGGCCAGUAUUCUUGACCGCCUCCACCUGUCUCCCCCAGGUGAAGUGUCACAGUGUUCAAAUGAAAGUUCACAGGUAGAAGUAACUGGGAAAAUGGUCUGCGUAAUUCAUGGACUAGUCGACUGGACCUCCAUUCUCCUGGAGCUGUCUGAAGUCUUCCAUAUUAAAAUUUCCAUGUUAAAACAUGUGAGAACUGUGCAGGGAUUUUGGCAGAAGGUGCUACCAUUUGUCCCACCUUCUGGAAAUCAGAGCAAUGGCAACAUCUCCGGACUUUGUCCCAGUGGUCCCAUAAAGCAAGUUGCUUUACAAAUCAUAGAAACAUUUAAAAAUCUCAAUUUUACAGAAGUUACAUCAGAUGAAAACAUUCUUGAUAAACUAGCUACCUUAAACAAGGUCCUUAACAAUAAAAGUACAGAGGUAUCUCUUAGAAGCAUUUCCUUAAAUUUGGAAAGGAUGAUAAAAUUGCUUUCUGGCAAUCAGAGCCUAGGAAAUAAUAUUCACUCUGUAGUCUCUCUAUUAAUGACGUUUCUGAAUGCAAACCUUAUAGGUGGGAAUUUUGAAGCACUAUCAAGUUUUCUUAAAAAAAGUGAAGCAGCUUAUAGCUUUGAAGAUCUGUGGCUUGAAUCUGAACAAAUCAUGAAAGAUCUAAAUCAUGAAUUAAGUAGUAGACCCCUGGUCUCUGAAACCAAUACAGAAAUUCAAAUGAUUAAUUCAGUAGCUCUUCUAAAUAUAACUUUACAACUUGCCCAUUUUUUGAAAAACCUGAAUUCAUCAUCAUCACAGGCAUCAGAAACUACUGAGGGUUUUCCAUCAGUCAUAAAACGCUGGCUUUGUAAGUAUGCAAAUGAAGAAUACCCCAGAAUGAUACAAACAUUAUUUCUUCUUACGGCUAAUAAGAGUUCACCUGAUGAUAUAUCUUUGUUGACUAAAGAUGUUACUACCUUUUUGGGUUAUCUCAAGAACAUUUCUAGAGAAGGUAAUUUUGAUGUUGACCUUCUUACUCAACUUACUCAGCAAGAACAGCCAUCUAAUUUCUCAGCUGUUCAGUUGCUUUUAGAAAGCUUCUUAAUUAAUUCAGUCAGUAACUUAGCUGUGAGUCCUUCAGAAGCGACCUGGAGUUUAAGUGACAGUGACCUUCACAUCGUGGAUCUCAUGAACCAUACCUUGACUCUGGCAAAGUCAGGAAAGGGUGAGAGAAUGCUUCUCCCUCCAGGAAGCAUAGUGGAGUCCAUGGAACGGCUUCUAGAAACAUUCUUCUUUUUGGAAAAGGAAAGCCUUGAGAACAAAGUAUCUCUCCUGCUGAAAGGCUCCCACAGGGACACCGCUGCGGAGGUGAGCUUUGUCCCAAAGGACAAAAUUUUAGGAAUUCUGAAAGUGGACCAAUUUCUCACCUCCAUGAAAGAAGACAGAUUGAUAGACAUUUUUUCAAGUUUAAAAGAGACUCUCUAUCACCUAAUCAAAAGCUUGUCCAUGUUAGACCAUGGAGACUUUUACUUUGAUCAUCACCGAGGACUGAAGCUCCUGAGAGAUUUAUCGAAUGCUCUUCUAAAUGAGACAUCACCGAAGAACAAGACUGAGAAUAACAUGGAGCUCCUUCCCGCGCUAAGCUGGCUGCUUUUCUAUGCAAACAGUUCAGGAAGCCCCUCCCAACUCCGGCACCCGCUGCAGGCGGCACCUCACCUCCUGAGAGCAGCUUUCGUGGAGAUGGCAAAUCUCUUGGGCACCCUUUUAACCUCUCCUGAAAAGAAGGACUUCCAUUCCUCGUAUGCUAUACUCCAAGAUGCUGUACUCGCCAACCUAACCAGUUUGCUCUCCGUUGUAACUAAUUCACUACCUCUAAGAGACAGGGCAACGUUCGAGCUUGCUAAGAGACUCCUCCGUGCCGCCGCAAGGGCUGGUGAGGCAAGUCGUGUCCUGGAACCGCUUCUGGAAAUGUCCCGGACCCUGGUCAUGCUGGCGGGGGCCAGUGCUGACAAGAGCAAUCCUGACAGGUUGCUGAACUCCACGGUGACGCUCCUCAAGCUGGCCAAGAAAGUGCUGGGGAAGGUGGCUGCUGUUUCUGGAACCCGCUCUGUCCCGGGCACCCGUGAGUCUGCGCGGUUCUUCGGUGCACUUCUCUCCAUUUUGCAACAGGGAGUUCAGAGUGUUGUGAAGGAAAUAACUGCUCUGAAAAAAGUGGAUCAUUUAGUAGUUGAAAAUAUAAAUGACUUAUUGACACCAUUUCUUGAUUUGGUGUUUGGGAUGAUUGGGGUCAAACCUAAUAUUUCACAAGACUCUGAUAUUUUCAAUUCGUCAUCUGACAUAUUCUCAUAUGUGAACCAGUCCAAGGAUUUUUCUGAUAUUUUGGAAGAAAUUGCUGAAUUUUUAACUUCUGGGAAAAUCAAUUUGGGAGACAUGGAACAUCUUCUGGUAGCAAUCAGUAACAGGACUGAGAUCUUUUCUGUGGAUUCUGUCAAUAUAUGGGAGGCAAUCCUGGAUUCCUUAAUUCCUAUGAAUAACAUCACCAACCAGACAGACUUACUGCAUCCUGAUCCAGUCCCCACACACAGCCUCCGUCCGCAUGCCCAGGAAGCGACACUAUUUUUGGAUGAAAUGCUGUCACAAGGCAGCGCAGAUGUAGGGACUGACCUGAGAGCGGUGACCGAUCUGACCUCCACGCUGUGGAAGGCCCUAGGGAAGGGCAGCUGGGACGUUUCUAACCUGUUGCUGGCAUUUGCUCAGCACGCAGACGGCCUUUGGAAAGCCCUCGAUACGGUUGCCAAGGCUUCUCGUGGGGUGGAAGGCCACCUCGGCGGCGACCCGAGUGAGACGCUGGUGUCCGACUCCCCUGCGGUUCAGGAGGCGACUCCUUGGCAGCGGGGGGACGCCACCCGGAGCGCGUCAGGGGGGGCGGCGCUCUUGAGGAGACAGCUUCUCUUACCCCACCCUCAGCGGGUACAUUCCAGCCAAGCGUGGCUUCGGCCUGUCUUUGAGAGCGUUGCUGACACAGCCGCUGGCAGGAGCGUCACAUCAGAGAACGAAGAGCAGGCCAGGGCGGAGGCGGCGCCCUCUUCUCCCACCCGCGAGCCGCCGUCCCUUUUCGACAGCUACCUGAAGGGACUGAUUGCAGCGACCGAACACUGGCAGGAAGCCCUGACAGGUGGAAGGGCCGCUGGCAUGUGUGAGGACUCCUGGCCGCCUGCGGAGCGCCCGGCGGCCUCGGCGACGCUGCGCAGAGCGAGGAUGCUGGUCCUGCGUGCACUGCUCACGUUUGCAGGCCUUCUCAAGCCCCAGAGUGGACCAGCCCUGGGGGCUGAGGAGCAGGAAACCCAUGACAUGGCUGUGCGGUCACCGUCCAGGCCACCAGCCCUGGCCCGGAGCCACACGACAGGCUCGUCAUCUUCAACGGCGGUGCCGCCUGCGCUCGUGGGCGUUGGCGACGCCAGUCCUGGCCAGCGCCCGUCCCUGGCCAAGGAGGUGCUGUGUGCGGCCCUGGCCUGCAGGCCCGGCGGGCUGUGGCGGCUCGUGGCACUGGCUCUGCAAGGGGUCACGGCGCUGCGCGACCUCCACCAGGAGCUGGAGCGGAUGCUGCCCUCGUCCCAUCAGCUCAGCUGCGAAGGCCUCAGCAGGGACCUUUCCAGCGCGCUGGAGCACCUCAGGCGCGGCUUGGAGCAGGCCCGCGCCCAGGGCUGUGCGUGUGCGGCCGUGCCGGACGGGGCCCCGCGCCACCUGCGUGUGUUGGCCCAAAGGCUCGAAGAGACUUUGUUUUCUGGGAACCCAGUUCUGAAGUUUCUCAGCAACUUCACGGUAACUGCAGACGUGCGAGUGAAAGAUUUGAUGAGAAAUGUCACCGAGGUAACGGAGGCACUUCGGUCCGUCCCCAUCUCGGCUGAAACGGUCGCCAGUGUCCUGGACGCGGGCCUUCCCCCCUCACAGGUCCUGUCCGGCGCCCUUGCCGUGGCUCUGUCUGGGCGGUGUGAUGAGGAAGCCCUCCGCCUCCUGCUGGCCUUCCCGGAGGGCGAGGCCGCUGCGCGGGCCGCGGCGGAGCUGUGCGGGCUGCCGGGGGACGCAGUGUACUCCCUGCUGCUGUCGGUGACUCGGCACCUGGACCUGCGCGGCCUCAUUUACAAAGUCCUGGUACCAGCGGAGGCCAGAGGCCUGCUCAGCUCCCUGUUGGACGUCGUCUCCAGGCUCGGCCGCCUGCUCCCCAAGGCCAGCCGCGUCCUGGAAUACCUGCCCCAGUUUCUUCACGCGUCGGAGCUCACAGCCGUGCUGGGUGCGCCCGGCCCCUACCAGGCACCACACAGUGACCAGGCCAGGGGCUCGGCCUUCGGUUCCUUCCAGGCGCUGAUGAGGAUGGUUUGCAAGGAGGAAGCAUCUUUCCUCAGCACCUCGCGCUUGUUCUUCCACUUGCCUGGCAUUAACGAACUCAUGGGCGAUGACAAAGAAAAGUUCAACAUCCCUGAAGGCUCAACUCCAUUUUGCUUGAAGCUUUACCAGGAAAUUCUACAGUCUCCAAAUGGUGCUUUGGUGUGGUCCUUCCUCAAACCUGUACUGCAUGGACAGAUCCUGUACACACCGAACAGCCCCGAGGUCAACAGUGUCAUUCGAAAGGCUAAUUACACAUUUCUGUUUGUGGACAAGCUAAGGACUUUAUCAGAGACGUUGCUGAGAACAUCCAGCGUGUUUCAGAGCGGAGGAAACAGCCAGCUGCUCGGCCGGCUGCAGGAAGUCCUGAGAAACAGGUUCAUAAGGAACUUCAUAGAAAGCCAGUUACACAUCAACGUAGACGAACUGACAGAGAGGCUCCAGACAUACGGAGGGGCCCUGGGCAGGAUGCUGAGCCGCGGGGGCGCCGCCCGCAUCCUCGCCCUGGGCCGCGCCCUGGUCAACCUGUCCUCCUGUGUGGCGCUGAACCGCUUCCGGGGUCUGGAGUCUGUCGCCGUCCUGGAGGCUGCGGCUCAGGAGCUCCUGCGGAAGAACAGCCUCUUGGCCAGUGUCAUCUUCCACACGUCCUCCAACGGCAGCAGCGCCCGGGCAGACCCGCCCCGGCUGCCGCCCCGCGUCACCUACACCAUCCGGACCAGCGUCCUGUACAGCAUGAGGACCGACCUGGUGAAGAACCCGUUCUGGAAGUUCCACCCUCAGAGCCUGCCCGCCGACGGUUUCCAGUACAACUACGUCUUCGCUCCGCUGCAAGACAUGAUCGAGAGGGCCAUCGUCCUGGAGCAGACGGGGCGGGAGGCCGCAGGCCCGGCCACGCAGGUGCAGGCGGCCCCCUACCCCUGCCACCGCAGCGACCUCUUCCUGAACAACGUGGGCUUCUUCUUCCCCCUGAUCAUGGUGCUGACGUGGGUGGUGUCGGUGGCCAGCAUGGUCCGGAGGCUGGUGCACGAGCGCGAGAUCCAGCUGGACGAGUACCUGAGCAUGAUGGGGGUGCACCCCGCCACCCACCUCCUGGCCUGGUUCCUGGAGAGCGCGGUGGUAGUGACCAUGGGCAGCGCCGCCCUGGCCGUCGUCCUGAAGGCCAGCGGCAUCUUCGCGCACAGCGAUGCCCUCGUGGUCUUCUUCUUCCUGCUGGACUUCGGGGUGUCGGUCAUCACACUGAGCUACCUGCUGAGCGCGCUGUUCUGCCGGGCGGGCACAGCCGCCCUCUGCGGCAGCCUGCUGUACGUGGCCAGCUUCCUGCCCUACGCCGUCCUGCUGGUCCUGCGCGGCCAGCUGAGCGCCGCCGCCGAGGCCUGCCUGUGCCUCCUCUCCACAACCGCCUUCGGACAAGGAGUGUUUUUCAUCACGUUCCUGGAAGGGCAAGAGGCAGGGGUCCAGUGGGGCAACGUGGACCAGGCCCCGGAACUGGCGGGCCUGACGUUCCGCUGGGUGUGCUGGGUGAUCCUGCUCGAUUCGGGCCUGUACUUCGUAUGCGGGUGGUGCCUGAGCAGCCUGACUCAUGGGGCCUUCGGUCGGAGGAAGCCCGGGCGCUCCCUCUUCCCCGCGUCCUGCGGCAGGGGCGCGUGCGGCUGGGCGGCCCAAGGGCGCCGCGGCCUGUGGGCCGGCCGGCUCUUCCGCAGCGAGGCCUCGGGCCCUGGAGGCCCGUCCCCGCCACGCAGGAAGGAGGAGCAGGAAGGAGGCGCCCCAGGGGUCGCCCUGCUGUCGGUGACCAAGCAGUAUGGGCUCCACAAGGCGGCCGUGCGGGACCUGACCCUCACCUUCCACAGGGGCCAGAUCACCGCCCUGCUGGGGCCCAACGGCGCCGGGAAAAGCACCGUGCUGGCCAUGCUGACGGGGCUGCAAGCUCCCACUUCUGGCACCAUCCUCAUCGACGGCAGGAACCUGCACACGGACUUGCCCGCAGUCAGGAAGGAGCUGGGCGUGUGUCCUCAGCGGGACGUCCUGCUCGACCGCCUCACCGUCCGGGAGCACCUGCUGCUCUUCGCGUCCCUCAAGUCGCCGCAGUGGACCUGGGCGCAGCGGCGGCAGCAUGUGGACGCGACCCUGCGGGACUCGGGGCUCACGCAGCACCAGCACAAGCAGGCCCGCGCCCUGUCCGGCGGCCUGAAGAGGAGGCUGUCCAUCAGCGCCGCUCUCAUCGGCUCGCCGAGGACCGUGGUCCUGGACGAGCCCACCAGCGGGGUGGACCCCUGCUCCCGGCGCAGCAUCUGGGACGUCCUCCUCAAGUACCGGCAAGGGCGGACGGUCGUCCUCACCACCCACCACCUGGAUGAGGCGGCGGCGCUCAGCGACCGCGUGGCUGUGCUGCGGCGGGGCCGGCUCCGGGGCUGCGGGCCGCCCCUCUGCCUGGCGGAGGCCUGCGGCCGGGGCCUCCAGCUGACGCUCACGAGACAGCCCGGCAUCCCGGAGGCGGACACCGCGGAGGACACCGCAUGCAUCACGUCCCUGGUUCAGACGCACAUCCCGCAGGCGUCCCUCAGGGACAGCUGCGGGCCCGAGCUGAGCUACGCCAUCCCGCGGGACGCAAGCCGUGCCGGCUUCAAGGGGCUCUUUCAGGCACUGGAGCAGGACCAGCACCGCCUGCGCCUGGCGGGCCACGGGCUCACGGACACCACGCUGGAGGAGGUGUUUCUGAAGCUUUUGCAAGAGUCCAGAAAGCAGCCCGACGCUGCUGCGGAGCCGGAGCUGGAGCCACGGAGCCAUGGGCCUCCCGCGCGCGCCUCAGGCCACCGCCCGCGCCAGUGCGCGCAGGUGCUGGGCCGGGACCGGGCUGCCGUCGGGGAGUUCCCCCUGGGAGCCCCGCCUCUGUGGGGCUCCUGUCCCUUCACCCCCAGACUGCGGUUCCGGUCUCGUGGGCGGACGCAGAGGCGUCGGCGGUCGGCCAGAGCCCAGGUUCGGUCUCCGUGUGUGCGCCUGCAGCUCCGCCCCACCCGUCGUGCCGUGUGGGUGGCGCUGACACCCCAGGGCGUGCAGCUGCGGGUGCACACGCAGCGUCACCGUGCGGGGAACAGAAUCACUGUGACUGCCCCCAGCAUUCUGCCCCCAGGCCUGCAUGAGAAGGCCCGUGUUUCCAAACACUUCCAAAUACUCGGUGUUAACACCAUCUUUGAUUUCUACCCCAUUGGUGGCGCCCGGGCCAGCGCCCUCACCCAGGGGGCCGCCCUGCUGACCAAGCGGCUGUGGCACGUGCGCCGGGCCUGGGGCGGCGCGCUCGCCGACCUGCUGCUGCCCGUCGUCUUCGUGGCCUUGGCCAUGGCCUUGUUCAUGGUGAGGCCCCUGGCCAUCGACUACCCUCCCCUCCGACUGACCCCGGGCCGCUACGAGCAAGCUGAGACCUACUUUUUCAGCAGCGACGGCGAUGACGCGGAGCUGGUCCCGGUGCUGCUGCGGGCGUUCGGAGACGAGGAGCUGCUCUGCCCGGACCGCGGCGCUGGCCCGGAGAGCCCCGCGUGCUGGCACCCGGUUCCCCUUCUCCGCCCAGGAGACCCGGCUUCCUGUGGCUGCCUGGCCUGCCCGAACGCCAGCACCAGCGCCCCCGCCCUGACCAGCCGCCGGGGCCACACGCUGCUGGACCUCUCGGCCUCCCGCCUGGAGGAGCUCCUGCUGCUGCCGAGCGACAAGCCCCGGCUUGGAGGCUGGUCCUUCGGCGUGCGGGUCCCGGAUGCCCUUCUAGAGGCUCGUGCAGCGGGGUCUGAGCGGAGGAGCCUGGCCAAGGUGUGGUACAGCCAGAAGGGCCUCCACGCCCUGCCCUCCUACCUGAACCACCUCAACAACCUGCUCCUGUGGAGGCUCCUGCCCCCCGCCCGGGACUGGCGACAGCACGGAAUAACGCUGUACAGCCACCCGUACGGAGGGGCUUUGCUGGGCGAGGACAAGAUCCUGGAGAGCAUCCGCCACUACGGCGUGGCCCUCUGCAUCGUGCUCGGCGCCUCCUUCCUGACGGCAGCCGUGGGCAGCGCCGUGGUGCGGGACCGAGUGACCGGGGCCAAGUGGCUGCAGCACAUCAGCGGCCUGGGCCCUGGCACCUACUGGUUCGCCAACUUCCUGUUUGACAUGCUUUUCUACUCGGCGUCCGUCGGCCUGUGUGUCGUGGUCAUCGUGGCCUUCGGCCUGCCGGCCUUCACCUUCCGCCAGAACCUGGCGGCCACGGCCCUCCUGCUGCUGCUGUUCGGGUACGCGAUGCUGCCGUGGAUGUACCUGACGUCCGGGGUCUUCUCCAGCGCGGGCGCCGCCUUCGUCUCCCACGUCUCGCUGAGCUUCGUCUUUGGCCUUUGCACCCUGCUGAUGACCACCAUGCCGCGGCUGCUGGCCAUCGUCUCCGGGGCGCGGAACUUGCAGGACACCCACGACACCCUCAAGUGGGCCUUCACGCUCUUCCCCCCGUUCUGCCUGGGCCAGGGGCUGGUGGAGCUCUGCUACAACCAGAUCAAGCACGACCUGGCGCUCAGCUUCGGCGCCGACUCCUACGUGAGCCCCUUCGAGAUGAGCUUCCUGGGCGGCAUCUUUGUGCAGCUGGCCGGCCAGGGCACGGCCCUCCUGCUGCUGAGGCUGCUGCUGCACGGGGCCUGGGUGCGGCGGUGCAGGCGCCGCUCGGCCGUUCAGGGCACACUCACGCCCUGCAAGGACAUCGACGUUGAGAAGGAGCAAACCCGGGUGUUGAGAGGAAGAACCGCCGGGGACCUGCUGGUGCUGUGCAACCUCAGCAAGAGCUACUGGAGCUUUUCCAAGCGGAGCACGGCCGUGCAGGACGUGAGCCUGGGCGUGCGGCGAGGGGAGUGCUUCGGGCUCCUGGGGGCGAACGGGGCCGGGAAGACCACCACCUUCCACGUGCUGAGCGGGGAGGCCGCCCCGACCGCGGGACACGCCGUCGUCAGGACCCCGACCGGGGAGGACGUGGAUCUGCUCUCCGCUGGGGCGGCGGGCCUGCGCAUCGGCUACUGCCCGCAGCAGGGCGCCCUGGACGAGCACCUGACCGGCUGGGAGCACCUGCGCUACUACUGCCGCCUGCGUGGGGUCCCGGCGCCGCACGUCCCGGAGGUGGCCGGGGACCUGGUGAGGCGCCUGGGGCUGGAGGCCCACGCGGACCAGCCCGUGGCCACCUACAGCGGCGGGACCAAGCGGAAGCUGUCGGCAGCCCUGGCCCUGCUGGGGAGGCCUGACCUGCUGCUGCUGGACGAGCCCAGCUCGGGGAUGGACCCCUGCUCGCAGCGCCUCCUGUGGGACGCGGUGCGGAGGGCGGCGCGGGAAGGCUGUGCCGUGGUGCUGACGUCGCACAGCAUGGAGGAGUGCGAGGCGCUGUGCACCAGGCUCGCCAUCAUGGUCGGCGGCAGCGUCCGGUGCCUCGGGUCCCCCCAGCACCUCAAGAACAGGUUUGGGGACGGGUGCACCGUCAGAGUGUGGGUCAGCGAGGAAGGGGACGCGUGUGCCGCCGUGGCCGCCUGCCUGCAGCUCCACUGCCCGGGCGUCCGGUUCAAGGGGCGGCGCCUGAAUUUGCUGGAGUAUCAUGUGCCGAAGACGGGGGGCUGCUUGGCCGACCUGUUGACGGUGCUGGAGAGCAAUAAGGCCGCGCUGAACAUCAAGUGCUACUCCAUCAGCCCGGCCACCCUGGAGCAGGUAUUUAUCGACUUUGCCACUGAGCAGCAGCCGACCCCACGAGCCGCUCCCGGGCCCCCCGCCGCCGGCCGCCAGCCCCAGCAGCUGCCCGUCUGA